AUGGAAACAGGAGAGAAGCAAGGAGAAGGAGGGCAUGGCCAAUGGUGUCAUUGUGGGAAGUUAGCACGGAUGCAGACUUCUUGGACCAGUUCAAACCCAGGGCGAAGAUUUCUAGUCUGCCCAAAGUCAAAGGGAAGGGGAGAAAAAGGAUGUAGGUUUUUUCAGUGGUUUGAUGCAGAAAUGUGUGAGCGUUCAAAAUCGUUGAUACCUGGUUUGCUGAGGAAGAUUGAUAGGGUGGAGAAGGAAAAUGCAAAUAUUUGA